AAGACGGGCCUGGCUGUGGGUAUGGACAAGGGCCACGUGCUCACCUCGCGGGAUCUCAAGCCCAAGCCGUCGUACCGCAAGGGGAAGCUGAACAAGCGCGUUGCGUUUGUGCGCGAGAUCGUGCGCGAGGUUGCGGGCUACGCGCCGUACGAGAAGCGCACCAUGGAGCUGCUGAAGGUUGGCAAGGAGAAGCGUGCGCUCAAAGUGCUGAAGAACAAGCUGGGU